GGCCACGAAAAAGUGUGCUUCGCCGGGGAAGACGCUGCCUCCGAGGAAGAAGCUGCCCCCGAGGAAGACGCUGCCUCCGAGGAAGACGCUGCCUCCGAGGAAGACGCUGCCUCCGAGGAAGGCGCCGCCCCCACUGAGGGCAGGCGGCAGCAGGUUGUGCAGGACGCCCCGCUGGCCCUGCUGCCCAGGGAGGCGCUGCUGGUGGUGUGCAGCUACCUCGAGUCGCCGGACCUGGUGCGGCUGGGCUGGGUCUGCAGCCGCCUGCGCGACGUGAGCCGCUCGGAAGCGGCCUGGGAGCACGUGGAGUACCCGAACACGGAGUACCCGCGGGACGGCUGGCGGCAGAGUGGCGAGCUGCGUAUCGCCCCGGCGCUGCGCUCCCUGACGCUGUCCUACUACACCUGGCCGCCUUUCAACCUGGCGCAGUGCACGCGCCGCGUCCGGGAGUUUGAGCUGGUGUGGGGGAUGAACUGGGAGCAGUCCUACGACGUGGACAAGAUCGGCAGACUGCUCCGCCUCUACCGCGGACAUCUCCAGGUGGUGAAGCUGGGCUGCAUGCAGUCGCGAGGCGCCGCCCAGGCCGAAAUGCGGCUGCUGCGAGUCAUCGACAGGCUGGGCGUGCAGGAGCUGUACGUGGCCGGGCGCCUGCUCAAGGCGUACGGCGGCAGGGCCGUCACCGAGCUGGCGGCCGGGGCGGAGGUGGGCCAGCACGUGCUGGCGGACGCCCUGGCCGGCGCCCGCCGCACCCUCACCGCCUUCAGGGUGGACCCGAACCUGGACUGGAACAACUGGGCGGUGCGGUCGCGACCCGUGGAGCGCGCACUGCGAAAGUGCAAGAAGCUGGAGGAGCUGCGCGUGCCCUGGGGACGCAGCGUCGCCUUGCUCGACGGCUUCCCCUGCCUGCGCUCGCUCACCCUGCUGCACUUGGGGCCCACCAAGCAGCACGUCGCGGUGAAGCGCUUCUUCAAGACGUCCACCGCCACGCGCCAGCUCGAGCGCCUCACGGUCCACUUCAACCUGUUCGCGUGCCGCGGCCUCACGCGGGCCGUGGCGGCCGGCUGCCCGAACGUGCGCCACCUGACGCUCGUGUACAGAGGCUUGGGCAGCAUGACCUGCAUCAGGACGGACGUCCCGCGCGACCUGCACGCCAUCCUGGGCGCCAUGGGCGACCUGGAGAGCGUGGUGCUCGUGAGGGCCAGGGUGCCGGGCAGCGUGUUGAACGCACUGGCCGACGGCGCGCUGCCCAACCUCACUCUGCUGCAUCUGAAGCUUUGCUCGGUGACGAAGAAGGGCCGCAGCGCCAGGACGCGGCUGCAGUCGGCCCGCCCGGACCUCAAGAUGGUGGUGAACCACCUGAGCUCAGCGUUCCGCGAGCCCACGCCGCCGCUCUCGUGGAGGUACGACAUCAGCCGCUGCAGCCGCUCCAUGUGCCGAGCCGCCUCGGACUGCGAGGAGGAGGACGACGACCCCGUGUUGGACGUGGGGGAGGACUGGGGCUGCGAAGAGUCUUUCAUGCUCGGUUACUGACCCUGCCGGCUCCAUGGACGAUACCCUGGUACACUGCAAAGCCGAUGGCAAGUUAACUUGCGACGAAAUUGGCAAGCCGGUUUGGCAAGCCUGUCCCUCGUUUACUCUCCAGCCUGCCAAUUAUUGGCAGGGUAAUGAGGUUUCCGGGUCAAAGCUUGCCAGUUUUCGGCAUUGAAAACGGGGUGCCAAUUUUGUGGUAAGCAAACUUGCCACGGGCUGCGCGGUGUACCCACUUAAUUCUAUGGGUCCUAUGAGCAAAAACCGUCAUGCUUUGCAUCCGUUGAACAAAGACCGAUAUGCUUUUUGCCAGCUUUACCCUCUCCCAUUGGAA